ACUAAGUAUGUUUCAAGGCUCUUCAGAGGGUUUGUCUUGCGACUCGCAUGUCGGUGCACUUAACUCGACAACCUUCCUAGGACAGUCCAGGACGGUCUCCAUACACAAAUACCCGGAUGCACUCAUGUGAGCAAGCUAGUGAAUGCCACUGGAAGCGGCUGACGCCAGAGCUUGUUCGCCGCGUCGCCGGGCAUUUACACGCAAAUGAAGUGGCUGCAGUGCUCAAACUUGUGGAUACCGAGACAGCAGCGGCUCUGGGCAACUACAAAACGCUAACGCUGGGCCAAGAACGCGAUGACACGGCCGUGCCGCACCGUGCGGAACACCCUUGGCCCGGGCCCGCCUUUGUGGCGCACUGGGGCCGCCCCGAGCCCUGGCGCUCGCUCUCCCAGUCGCAGCAAGUCCGGCUGCUGUGCCUGGCCGCAUCUUCCGGCCACCUUCCCAGCCUAGAAGCGGCGUUGCUCGUGGGCGGCCCCGUGUCGAAUGCGAAGUUGGCGCAACUCGUGGAGUCGGCUGCAGAUGGCGGCAGUGUGGCCUGCUGCGAGCUGCUGCUUCGCCCACUUCUUCGGCCCGCCAGUCCAGAUCGCACUACCGCUGUAAACUCCACCAUGACCCACACCGCGGGCCGCACCACCGCCGAGGCUAGCUGUAGCAAUGACUUCAGUAGCAUGAUCAGCGACAUGUCAGCCAUCCACAACAGCUGCACCACCUCCCCCAGCGCUACCGCAACCUCAACCUGCGGCUCCAGCACCAGCAGCAGCAGGUUGCGGACAUGGCCGCCGGUCGUGUUGCCCGCCACCUUCCACCACGCCGCCCGGGGCGGUCACGUGCCCGUGCUGCCUCUGCUGCUGGGCGCAACAAACGCCCCCGACCUGGAUCGAUGCCUGGAAGCGGCGUCUGCCUGCGCCUGCGCCGGCGGCCAGAUCCAAACACAUGCCUGGCUAAUGCAGGUGCUGGGCUGUGAACCCCUUGCGGGAGACGCUGUGAUUGCUGCCCGGGAGGGCCAGGUGGCAAUGCUGGACCACCUGCUGACAUUGCUGCCGGGCCUAGCGCCCGGGCCGGCGGCGGCAGUAGCAGCAGCAGCAGCGGGGGCAGCAGCAGCAGACGCGGCAGUAGCAGCAGGGGCAGAGGGGACUGGUGGGGAUCCGGCUGUGGGAUCGGGGCGGGUUGUGGCUGGGCUGUCGGAGCAGCUGCAGCUCCUGCAGCUGCAGGGGCCUGAGCCACCGGUGCCUUCGGAGAAGCAGGAGAGGGCGCAGCAGCAGCAGCAGCAGCAGCAGCAGCAGCAGCAGCAGCAGCAGCAACAGCAGCAGGAGCAGCAACGGGGUCGGACUGACCUGUUAUGCGCCAUCGCGGAGAGCUGCCCAGUCGAAACACUGCGGCGGCACUGGGACGGCCUGUGGUGGUGGCCCGAGUGUUGCCGGCCUCGUGAAGCAGGUGUCGCGCCCGGCACCGCACGGAAACCACCGCCGCCGCCGCAGCAGCAGCAGCAGCAGCAGCCGCAAAAGCACGGCGAAGAAGAAGCGGCGGCGGAGGCGGUGACAACAACCGCUGCAGCCACCGCCGCCGCCGACUCCAGAGCCAUGCGGGCCGCGGCGCGGCGCCUUUUGGCCGCCGCCGCGGGCAGCCCCACGCCCUGCUGGGCCGCCAAGCUGGACUACCUCCUGCUGCUGCGCGACUGCCGGGGGCCGCCUCGCGCCACGUCGGCGCCGCGGCGGUUGGCCCCCAGCGGCUGUAGCAGUGGUGCAGCAGGAGGCGGCAGCAGCAGUAGCAGCAGCGGCGGCGGUAGCAGCGGCGGCAGUAGCAGCACCAGCGGCGGCAGCGGCAGUAGCAGUAGCAGCAGCAGUAGCGGCAGUAGCAGCAGCAGUAGCGGCGGCGGCGUGGGGCUGCUCUUGCAGGGCAUGGAGCGGAUUGACCUGGCGGCCGCAUCGCGACGGCCCGACUUCCUGGCACGGCUGCAGCGCCUGCACUCUUUGGGCUGGGCGCCGGACGCGGGGGCAGUGGAGGCGGCGGCCAGGGGCGGGCACGCCGACGCCCUGGCGUGGCUGUGGGAUGGUGUCGGGCUGGCGCCCGACCCCGGGGCGGUUGUAGCGGCGAUGUGGGUCGGCCCGCGGAGCCAGCGCGGCGCGGCGCCGGCGCUGGUGUCGGUGCUGCGGCUUGUGCAGCGGCGCUGUCCCGAGUUUGCAUUUACGGCCGAGCACGUGAACAUGGAGGCCUGCAGGCUAGACGAGGCGGCAGGAGAGCCGGAAGAGGUCCUUGCGUGGCUGGUGCGGGCCGUGGCGAAGACGCAGAUAGCAAAGGCGAAAGCGAAGGCCGGGGCCGGGGCCGGGGCGGUGGGAGCGGGAGAGGCUGCUGGCGGGGCGGGCAUGGGGUCAAGGCCGGGACGGGGCUCGCCGGAGGGAGAGGAGUGGUGGAGCCAUGCCUACGCGCACGCAUUCCGGAGCAAGGCCAGCGUGUUUGUGAUGAAGCUGAUGGUUGAUUGCGCUGAGGGCAGAUACGAGAAAGUGCUGGAGGCAAGGAAGGCUCAGGGCAAGUAGAUUACGACGUUCCAUUCUGGUGGAGCGAUGGGACAAAACAAUGGAAGCAGGCGUAGUAGUCAUGUGCCUGACACAGCGCAGUCCCAAAUUACACCCAAUGAUACGUGGACCCCGCGCAAGUGAAUACGCCGUUCGCGUCCCGUGCUGGUGCUGGUGCUGGUUCAGAUACAAGCAAGGGAGGCCGUGGGAGGCGACAGGAGGGGAGGACACAUGCCCGACUUUGGGCCACCGACUUUCAGAUCUCACCACUGCACAUGGAUAGCAUUUCAACCUUAUAGGAUCAAGUUACUUGUAGUGUAAUGCUCAACACAC